AUGCAGUCCAUGGAUAGACGACAGCAAGAGACUAUCCAGACUUUGUACACUGCCAUGCACAAACUUAAACAGAAGGUUACAGAUCUGGCGGUAAAAAUCGAGACCCAGGCUGAACACUGUGACUGGCCGCGUUACUUGAGUACCCUCGCAUUAUGUGCUUCGGAAUUAAGUGAAAUUCGCAAAAUACUUGAAUCUGAUCGAUUCUCUAACGGGCACUCCUUGGUACUCACUCCAAUUAUGCUAAAUCCGGAAAUUGAUCCUGCGUUGGCCAAGGCUACUGAAGACCGAUUAGCCCUGUUCAACCACGACACCGUGCCACAAUAUCUGCGCACCAAACUGGACCCCAAAGUCAGUUUAUUCCCUUGA